AUGGAGUUGGAGAAGAAGAGUUCCUCUUCUGCUGCUUCUGUUUACGCCAAACGAUUCAUGUCUAUGCUGCGAUCCAUGACCAAGGCCAAGUCGAUAUUGACAGCAAUCAAAUGUAAAAGCGAGGCGGUGAAGGCCCGGCUUCUGGUGUUUUCAUUGUUGAGGAACGUGAAGAAGCCUUCUCCCCUGGUUGCCCUGACUCACAAGAUUCAAUCCUCCUUUCUCCCGAAAUCAUCCUCACCCGUCAUUGGCGGGGAUGAUCUGCAAUGCUGUAGCCAAUGUUGCUGCUCCCAACCCGACCAGGAGGCUCAAGAUCAGCAGGCUUUGGUAGUGUAUAACUACGGGGAUGAUUAUCUACUGCAGGAAGGGAACGACGAUGCCGAUGAAGCGAAAGAUGAGCUGGAGCAGCUGGUAUUGCAGCAGGCUGGAGAUCCUGAUGCUUCUGUCAUAGAUCUGGUCAGGAAUUCCAAAGAGAAUUUCAGCUUGGAAGACGAUAUCGAUCACGUUGCUGAUUUGUUCAUUAUGAAGAUCCACAAGAGGAUGAGAUUGCAGAAGCUGGAAUCAUUCAAGAGGUAUCAAGAGAUGCUCCAGAGAAGCGCUGCUUAA